CACACACACACACACAGAGUCACAUAGAGGGAGAGCGCGCGCUAUGCUGCACGGAGUCGCAGACGGACAGCAUGACGGAUGCGCGGAGAUGCAGCGCAGAGAUUCCCGAGCCGACCCUUUUGCGCGCGGAACUUUAUAAAAAGAAGCAUGCGAAAAUGCGCGCAGUCGAACGGAAUACCGCCACGUCAAGAAAGUGAAGGAAAUAUCGAAAGUUUCGGUGUUAGUUUGUGUUCCGUUCACGAUGGCGCGCAGGAAGCGCAGAGGAUGAGCGCGCGCACGGUGUGAGAGCCGCGAUGGAGCGCUCGGCCGCCUUCAAGCCGACCCCCGUGGCGUACGGAGAGCUCCUGAACCUCUCGUCCAACUCCACGGACGCGAAUUACACGGGCGAGCCGUCGGAGAAGGGCGCGAGCGUGGUGGCGCAGGCGAGCGCGGCGGUGUUCCUGUCUCUCCUCACGUGCGCCACGGCUCUCUCCAACGCCUUCGUCAUCGCCACCAUCUAUCAGUCCCAAAAACUGCACACGCCAGCCAACCUCCUGAUCGGCUCGCUGGCGGUCACUGACCUCCUGGUGUCUGUCUUGGUGAUGCCCGUGAGUGUCGCCUAUACCAUCAGCCAGACGUGGACGCUGGGUCAGGUGGCGUGUGACCUGUGGCUGUCAUCAGACAUCACGUGUUGCACGGCGUCCAUCCUUCACUUGUGCGUGAUCGCGCUCGACCGCUAUUGGGCCAUCACGGACGCCGUGGGGUACUCCGCGAGGCGGACACGUGGCCGAGCCGCCGCCAUGAUCGCGGGCGCCUGGGUCAUCGCCAUAUCCAUCUCUGUGCCACCCUUUUUCUGGCGCCAGAUCAAGGCGGACGAAGAGGUCACCAGCUGCCACGUCAACCAGGACCACAUCUUCUACACCAUCUACUCUACUUUCGGCGCCUUCUACAUCCCCACGCUCCUGCUCGUGGCGCUCUACGGUAGGAUUUAUGUCGAGGCCCGGAAACGUAUCUUGAAGCAGUCUCCGCACAAGCCGGGCAAGAGACUGACAUCCGCCCAUUUGAUCACGCACUCGCCUGGGUCAGUGGCGUCCACCACAUCGCUCACGUAUGGCACGGCCGAGCUGACGUCGUACGACGGUACGGCCUCCGUCCCGACCAACAGUCAGGUCAAAGUCACCAUGUCCGACGCGCUUCUGGAGAAGAAGCGGAUCUCUGCGGCACGGGAAAGGAAGGCGACGAAAACUUUAGGGAUUAUACUCGGGGCUUACAUCGUGUGCUGGCUGCCGUUCUUCAUUUACGCGUUAGUCGUGCCUAUCUGCACCUCGUGCCCGUUUUACCCGGAGCUGUUCGAUGUGUUCACGUGGCUCGGCUACCUGAACUCGCUCAUCAACCCCAUCAUUUACACCAUGUCCAACGAGGACUUCAAACAGGCUUUCCAUAAACUCAUGCGCUUUAACUGCUGCCGAUCCUGAGGACGAAACGGUCCGGUCAACGAGGAACGCGAUGAGAAUAGAAAUCAUUAGAUUAGACUACGACUACAGUCACAACAUAGGGUGCAAACAAAUCACUGAGCAUUUAUCUUAAACACAGCCGUGAGAUAGGAAAACUUUUAAGUGUCUCUGUGACAUUACAUCAUCAUGUUUACAUCGUUUCAAUCCAGUAUUUAAGAGCUCCCAUACAGUUUGCACUUUUUUAUUAUGAAUGUUCUUGCUUUGGGAAAACACAUCACAUGGAGUUUGUUUUUGCAUUACUUUUUAUACAUUUUUUUCAGCACACAGUGAUGUGAAAAAUAUUACGCUGCGUUCUUUCUGAUGCCACGUUUCUACCCCCUUUUAAAGUCUCAACCUGUUAUUCA